AUGCGUCUUAUCGGACCGCCGGUGGCCCUAAAUUUGCCCAGGGACUGCGGAUCGCGCUUUCUGUCCACCUUGUCAACAGCUCUUUUCAUCCCUCGACUCAUCGCGGCGGCUCCUUGUCGGAUGCAAGACAAAUGCUCAUGCGCCGAGGACAAGGAGGCCCAAGACUGUCGCUCCUGGCCCACGGCGGUCAGACGGGCUCGGGGUUGGCUAUUCAUGAUUCUGCACGCUGAGAAGGACCGGACACGCAUAGAUCACCGCUGGACAAUACCAUCGAUACUAGUGCUGGCGCUGCUUGUAUUCUUCGGUCUGGUCACCGUUGUCAUCGAGCUUACCACUAGACACGGCGAAAUAAACGGCUGUCGAGUCGUAGGCCUGCGGAAAGAGUGGCGAAACCUAUCCAGGGUUGAGCAACUCGACUAUAUCUCGGCAGUCAAAUGCAUGCAAACGCUCCCUGCCAACGGGGUUGUGGAUACGAACCAUGUCCGCACGCGCUACGACGAUUUCCAGAGUGCUCACAUCAACUUGACGGACGAAACGCACACAGUCGCAAGCCACACCCUUUGUGUCCUGACAGAAAAUGAUAACGCUACGCAGGGACAAUUUCUUCCUUGGCAUCGAUAUUUUCUCGGGACAUUUGAGAGCACGUUGAGAAGUGAAUGUGCUUAUCAGGGCUCGAUUCCAUAUUGGGACUGGAGUCUCGACGCGGAUCAACUUGAUUCGAUCGCCAAGUCACCGGUGUUCGAUCCUGUUUAUGGAUUCGGAGGCAAAUCCCGUCGUGUAUCUCGUUUGAACCAUGGUAUGACAUAUAUUUCAGGGAACGGGUUGCAUAUCCCAGGAUACUCUGGCCCUUUCAACAACUGGACUAAUCUUGCCGGAUGGGUCGAAGGCACCGGGGGUGGGUGCAUCACCACCGGGCCCUUCGUGUCCUACAAUCUGUCUGUCGGGCCGGGAACAAAGCCGACAAAUCAUUGUUUGACCCGCAAUUUCAAUGACGCUUUCAUCUGGGCGCUGUCUUCAGCUCAAGUAGCCAACACGACGAAACAGCCCAAUUUUGAGCGGUUUCGCAUCGAGCUCGAGGGACAGCCAAUCACCUCGACAAUGAAGUUGCACGACGGGGGACAUUUCGCUGUCGGCGGGGAGAUGCUGGAUACGUAUUCCAGUCCUGCAGACCCAAUAUUCUGGCUUCACCAUGCCAAUCUAGAUCGAAUCUGGUGGAAAUGGCAGAAUAUCGACCUCCCAACGAGACUACUCGAUGUCUCAGGUCGCUCCAGGGUGAAUCCACCGUUCGUAAAUAUUACCCUGGCAUAUCCGUUGAAGAUGUGGAGCUUGGCCCCGACUAUUCCCAUUUGGAGGGUUAUGGAUGUUAGAAGCUCGCCGCUAUGUUACGAUUAUGUAUAGCUUAGACCACCGUGGGCACACUUCCUACUUGACGAUUCCAGCAGCGGCAGAGAAUCAGAUGAUGAGAUG